CGGCUCUUCAUUCGGACCAAAGUUCGGUUACUAUAGCUGGUUUGAACACUUUAGUACGCGUCACCACAAACUAGGGGGGAAAAAUGACCAACAAGACGACUCCUGUUCUCCUCAAAGCGCUGCUGGAGCUAUAUGAAGCCCACUCUUCAAAGGUUGUCCGGGGAAACACUAAAAGAGCAAAUUUCAGGAUCUUGGGUUCUUGUGGGAUCCUGGAAGCAAGAAGGGCAAGCCUCCAGUUCUCCCCCAGCACCUGUGUAAGCACGCCAAGCAGAAGCUUCAUUAACCUGGCAGCUCCCAUCACUAACCGCAGGAUGGAGUACACUGAGUGUCGGACGUUGGGGUAUACUCCAGAGCAGAUGUACAGUGUGGUGGCAAGUGUGGACCAGUAUCAGCACUUUGUUCCCUGGUGCAAGAAGUCUCGGGUCAUGAGGGGGCGAAACGGUGGCCUCCUGGCAGAGCUAGAAAUCGGUUUCCCCCCUCUUGUUGAGCGAUACAUCUCUGAGGUCACUAUUGUUCCAAACUACCAAGUCAGGGCUGUAUGUACUGAUGGAUCUCUCUUCAGCCAUCUUGAAACAAUAUGGAGGUUUUCCCCUGGAGACGGAAACGCAGCAGACUCGUGCAAAGUGGAAUUCUAUGUAUCAUUUGAGUUCAAGUCUCUUCUGCACUCUCAGCUGGCCAGCGUCUUCUUCGAUGAAGUGGUUAAGCAGAUGGUUAGUGCCUUUGAGUCACGGGCAGCAAAACUUUACACAAACCAGGAGGAGGUACCGCUGAGGAGGCGGUCGGCAUGAGGCGACACCUUUGACCUUUCAACCAUCCAGGUGCUUUUGGAGCCCCACCAGCCCACUGUUUUACCUGUUAUUGACACUUACACAAGAGACUGGAUCUUAUCUUUGCACCCAUGGUAUAUUUUUGAAUUAACACACAUGGAAUACACUUAAAGCUAUUUAUUUGUAAAGCACAAGCUGAUUUCUUUACCUUGCCCUACAUUUAUUUAUUUUUGUGUAUUCAAAUAAAGUUAUAGUUUUAAGGCUCAUGUGGACACUUUAAAAAAUUGUGAGUUAAUGUUCUGAUAAGUGACUUCUACUGAAAGCUCAAAUGUGGUUGAAGACCUUGUCCUGUGCAGUAUUUAUCAGUGGAAUUAAAAUGUCUUGUUUUUGGUAAACUCUCUGCUCUGUUUGUGUCAUUUGUAGCAUUUAAAUUUUCUUAAUGUUUCCAUGUACUGAGCAACAUCUGCUGCAAGAAAAGAUUUCCAGUGUAGCAGACUAGUAACUGCUUACUCAUGUUUGGGUAAGCGUUCUGGAUAAAUAGCACUGUCAACCUUGAUGGCUGAUACUGGCAAACAAAGUGAUGGCUACCAAUGUCGUCCGCUGAUAUUGGUUAUUUUGCAUGAUUUCAAAAACAGA